AUGUCUUCUCAACCAGCCGGCCGGGGCGAAGACGAGGUCCUGUCUGGCGCCGACCUGCCCCUUCUCUUGAAGGUGCAGGCGCCGGUAGAAUACCUUGGCAUCGGAGCCUCUCUAUCCCCACAUCGACGGGAGAUCGCCGAGUCCGGAUCGAUGCACGACACUGCACGCAAGCUUGCUGCCCUGUUCGACGCCGUGAUCCCCCAGGUCCCGAACCUGGUCGCCGCAUACGGGACGCGAGCUAGCGAAGUCCUCAAAGACUACCGUGUGAGUCCAGCGGGAGCCGAGCAUCACCUCGGACCAUUUGGCCCCUUCACGGGAGCAGAUGCAACCUCAAUCUGGGCUGCGGCGACAUCUGGAGCGAGCUCUGUUGCCCUCCAUCUCUUGGCGUGUUUUCUUGCGCGCGCAUUCGCGGAUCCGACUCACUCUGUUUCCGCCUGGGUCGAGAUCAUCCUGGAGCGGCAGAAGGGAAUUGUCAACUCGCAUGAAGGUUCUGCAGCUGCCUCAAGCGAGCCCAGCGCGCCUAUUUCCCGGGAGGAGAUUCGUGAAUGGGAUGCGUCAGCCCGAGCAUGGCUGCGCACGGCUGAUUUAGCCAUGAAGAAAAACCACGCACAGUUCAAUAUGAUGCUCAUGGAUAUCAAUAUAUCAAUCUCAUGUGCAGACGGCCUAUAUGCCAAUGUUGUUCAGUCAUGGACCUAUGCUAUGCUGGCUCUAGAACAUCUCCUCGCUGGACGUCCGCAUACCAUUACCGAUGGUGCAAUCCUGUUAGGCAUCUCUUCCUGGCAUAUAUAUCCCAACAUCCUCCUCCUUGAUACCCAACUCACAGAGGUUGGGUUUUUCGACAACCUCUUCCCGGCGUCGUGUUUCCUUACCAUAGACAUCGCAGACAAUGGCGAUGAAACUACAUGCCUUGGACCCUCUAUUGUAUCAAAAGGGGUCCACUGGCCAGCCGUUCUCGCUCAACAUAACCUCGACGGUAGCUCUGUUGAGACAAUAGGCGCCAUUGACCGCCGGGUUAGCAUCGAUGAGCUUUAUUUGAUGACACUCGGGAGUCUCUUAAGAGCAUGGAAUACACCACGGUCAGAAAUAGAACCUUCUUUGAAUUGGUUCAUUGCGCUCUGGAGUUCCGUCCAAAGUGCCAGAUCGCCUCUCCCCAAGCUGAGAUGGAUUGAGAACAUUGCCACGGCAGCCAAACGCCUUCUUGAGGCUGUCGGUCCGACCAAGAAAGAGUAUCAACAACUUAUGAACUUUGGCUAUGAUCAAGGUCGCAAUUUCCUGGUAUCCCGCUCUCAACAAGAAGAUUGUCUCCCUUGGUUUGGGCUGCGCCACUGGCAUAUUCUGACUUCCCUGGGUGGACAAACAGCCGGGCAAUGCGGCAUUCGAUACCUCCGUCAACUCGCCAGAGCAAUGGAGUUGCGUUAUGACGAGGCUAUCAUCACGGAGAUCUCACACGAAAAUCUUUCUAUCGGGAAGAAAGAGUUUCAUCAAUAUACUACAGCGAUCAAAGUUCCUCUCGGAGAGCAUGAGGGCCCUAUCGAUAGCGACGAAGGGGAACCGGGUGAUGCCUCGCAGGACGACGAUGGGACGGUGCCGGAUCUUGUUCCCGACGAGGACCCAGUUCAAACUGCCCGUAAAGGUAAGGAAAAGGCACAGCCGUCUACACGCCCAUGUUACCAUAAACUCUGGGAGGGUACUUUCACUCUCCACAAUGAGUAUUCUAUAAGCACGGUGAUAGAAGAGCCGAAGAAGUUGGACAAGUACUCUUUCCACAAAAACCCUCUGUCUGUGGGUGAGCAGCUUCAGUCCCCGUUGCACUGCUACAGGACUUCAGAUUGCUUCGGGGGAAAUGUCCUGGGCGAUUGUCAAGCGUACCUCGGAUAUUCGUUGGAUAUUUUCCCAAACUCUCCAGUAAAUUUCUCGAAAAUGUUUGGCGAUUCUACGGGUGCGUUGCGACUCUGGGUGACCAAAGAAGCAGCGGAAACUCCAGAGAAGCUUGAGGAAGCUCUGAAGGGUCUACAGACUGGCAAGAAGAAGUUAGUCAGCUUGGAGAGCUCCAUCGAACUACUCACAUCUGGGAAGGUCUGCCCCGAGAGUUUGUGGCAGUACUUGGAGGGUCCAGACCCUUAUCAGCCCGAAGUCCUGAUCAAGCCAUUCCUCGAGCUUUGUCGCAAGGAGAGACAGCGUUGUGAGCCCAUCAUCACCUCACUUCGGACUCUUGUCAUUGCACAAUCUAUUUAUGAAGGCCUCGACGGGGCAACUAUCUCUUCCAGCAUAGUUGAGAAAGGAAUUUUCGAUGCAAAAUGGGCCGAACUUUACCAUUCGAACGCGACAGUGAGUCACUCCGUGGUUUUCGGCUGCAUCGCCAUGUUUGAUACUGGCAAACUCAAUCUCGAUACUGAGAGACUGGAAGAGGUCUUUGCUCUCUCAUCUGGAAACUCUAUCUAUGCAGUCUCACGGAUUCUCUCCGAUCCAAGUAUUGAGAUUCCUGACCAUGCUGUCAGACACAUUUUCGGUAACAUUGGGCGUCAGGGGGUUAGUCUGCUCGUUUCCCCAACCACCCGGCCUCCGUCUAAGCUGUUAGGCGAAGUGAGAGACGCAAUCAAGUAUGGGCCAUUCAACGGCUGCCGCGAGGACAAGUUUCGGGAAACAUCACUACGUUUGGAUAUCACAGGCCCAGAAACCCCAGCUGGCUAUGGUGUCGAAGGUAUCUACGAUCACCAGGCGUUCUUCAUUGAUUCUAGAAUAGGUGUUUAUGAUGCCGGCAGAUGGAUUGCAGACCUUGAUAUUCCCAAACUGCUCAGCUGGGAAGCCAGUCAACACAACGUAUCAGUCGCGCGUGUGGUCUGCAGUAUACACUCCCCAGAAUCACGGGCUACAACACUGGAGAAGUUUGUCGCGGUGGAUUCGUGGGAGGAGGUACUGGGGGCUCCUCCUGCGAUUGGCCUUGUCCGAGCCUACAAGAACUGGCCCUCGAGGCUUGCGUUGAGCAUUAUAUUAACGCAGAAUCGAGGUUCAGAUGAGGAAACUAAGAUGGACAUUGACGGAGAACUUGGCGGAGUUGUUCCAAAUGUAGCAGUCCUGGACCAUGGGGAUGAGCUUUGUUGGACAUGCGUCCAUCGGCGCUUGAGGCGACGGGUGAAAAUGACUACCGGAAGACCAACUUUCCUGGUUGCGUAG